ACAAACUUCGAUCACUCGAGCUGGGUAACUUUGUAAAAACAGCUUUGCUUUCCGAUAGUCGCAGCGACAAAGCUCAGUCAUGAAGUUCCUUAUUUUCUCGUGCCUUAUCGUGGCAGCGACAGCCAAUUGUCCGCCAUUGUUUACACAGUACGGUAAAAAUUGUUACCGUCUAAUUGUACAAGCAUUGCCAUGGACCGAGGCAAAAAUGACUUGUUCUGGAUUCAUGAACUGCAAUGGAGAUCCUGCUACCCUUGUUAGCCUUCAGAGCAGAAACGACGAGACUUUUUUGAAAAGGUUAAUGGGAACCGUAUCGAAACAGAACUAUGCCGUUUGGACUAGUGGUAAUGACAUAGCUGAAGAAGAAGUCUUCAGAUGGGGAGACGGGUCAUUGUUUACCUACUUAAACUGGGCACCAGAGCAACCAGACAACGGCCAACAAUCAUCCGGUGAGAUUGAAAAUUGCGUAACUUUCUUCUUAAGACAAAAAGUUCCUAUGUGGAAUGAUGCUAUGUGUGAGUUGGAAAGACCAUUCGUGUGCAUGGUGCCGGCUAGUCUACCUCAACAACGAUUCGACGCUGGAACUUUCUAAUAUACCCACUUUUAAAGUACACAGACAUCGAAACACCUCGGUGAAAAGGUACGGUGUUUCCAGAAAAAAAAAAGACUACAGAACUGACGAAAAAUCAUAAACAGAAACAGCAAUGCCAUGAAGACCUGUGAGGUGUGGUUACCAAGAUUUUUGCGCCGUAGGCAAUCAGUCCUGAACAUCAAUAUCAACCAAUUGAGGCGCGCCAACGAUAAAGAAGCAAAGAUAGAACUGAAAUGCAGACGAUACGAAAUACGAGUUCGUUCUCGUUGUUUUGAUUGUUUUUAAGAACACUAUGUUUUAGAUAUCGGUAAUUUUCCAUAUGCAUUUUUUGUAAGUAAAAUAAAAUGUAUGAUUCCUUUAAA